AGACCGUGCUCUUCAGCCACUCGCAUUUCGCCGGCGCACUUGCUCGUCCGCACUUCUGGUGGUACUCCCUCGGCGACACGCUCCCUUACGCAUCAGAACAGGAGACGCGGCUCACCGUCAUCGCAACGCGUUUCGGCGAAAGAUCCGAUCGUCAGCCAGGACACUCCGCAGGGAACGCAGGAUAGAAAAACCGACAAUGAGGGAGAUCGUUCACCUACAGGCCGGUCAGUGCGGAAAUCAGAUCGGAGCCAAGUUCUGGGAGGUCAUUUCCGAGGAACAUGGCAUCGACCCGUCCGGCAUCUACCACGGGGACAGUAACCUCCAGUUGGAGAGAAUCUCCGUUUACUACAACGAAGCCUCAGUUGCAACAUCGACAAAUGGAGGAAAGUACGUUCCCCGUGCGAUUCUACUCGACUUGGAGCCCGGAACUAUGGACGCAGUGCGUUCUGGAACGUACGGGAAGCUGUUCCGUCCGGACAACUUUGUCUUCGGGCAAAGUGGGGCCGGAAACAACUGGGCGAAGGGUCACUACACGGAGGGUGCCGAGUUGGUCGACGCGGUUCUGGACGUCGUGCGAAAGGAGUGCGAGAACUGCGACUGUCUUCAGGGAUUUCAGCUGACGCAUUCCCUGGGGGGUGGGACGGGAUCAGGAAUGGGAACACUCCUGAUAUCAAAAAUCCGCGAGGAGUAUCCGGACCGGAUAAUGAACACCUACUCCGUAAUGCCGUCCCCGAAGGUAUCCGACACCGUUGUGGAACCGUACAACGCGACGCUGUCGGUUCAUCAGCUGGUGGAAAACACCGACGAGACGUACUGCAUAGACAAUGAAGCACUGUACGAUAUCUGCUUCCGGACCUUGAAGGUCUCCAACCCGUCUUACGGGGACCUUAAUCACCUGGUAUCUCUGACAAUGUCCGGAGUGACAACGUGCCUCAGAUUCCCAGGGCAACUAAACGCCGAUCUACGUAAGUUGGCCGUGAACAUGGUGCCGUUCCCACGACUCCAUUUCUUCAUGCCGGGAUUCGCUCCACUCACUUCUCGCUCGAUGCAACAGUACUCGGCCUUGUCGGUGCCCGAGCUUACCCAGCAGAUGUUCGACGCCAAGAACAUGAUGGCUGCCUGCGACCCGAGGCACGGACGGUACUUGACAGUGGCUGCAGUAUUCCGGGGAAGAAUGUCGAUGAAGGAAGUCGACGAGCAAAUGCUGAGCGUUCAGAACAAGAACAGCCCGUAUUUCGUCGAAUGGAUUCCCAACAACGUGAAGACGGCCGUGUGCGACAUACCACCAAAGGGACUCAAGAUGUCGUCAACCUUCAUCGGCAACACGACAGCCAUUCAAGAAUUGUUCAAGAGGAUCUCUGAGCAGUUCACCGCCAUGUUCAGGAGGAAGGCUUUCCUUCAUUGGUACACUGGCGAGGGAAUGGACGAGAUGGAAUUCACCGAAGCUGAGUCCAACAUGAACGACCUGGUCUCGGAGUAUCAGCAGUACCAGGAAGCGACCGCGGAGGAAGAUUUUGAGCCCGAGGAAUGCGGAGACGACUUUGAAACCUGCGAACAGGAGUGAAGCUUCGUCGCUGUUUGCUUUGACGUGGACGAAGGCCGAGAACUUCAGCGAUAAAACAGACUCGUUCCAGGAAACGGCAUCGAUCGAUCAUCUAGAUGUAACACCGUGUAUCAUCACGAUAUAAGAAUGUCCUAAAUACUUUAGUCAUAUUUAUGUUAUACUAUUAUAUACUAAACGUAGUAUUCGCUACUUUUCUAAUUUUAUACUUGAGUAUAAUGAUAGAUAGUUAAACAGAUAUACGGAAGACUGAAGAUGAAAAUUGUAAACAUUUACUUAUGUGUUGGUUUGGGAUUAGGCCAGGCUUUCCUUUGUAACACGAUUGUACAUGAUCCCUCAUACGAGCACCAAAGCUCUAACCAAAAAUUUAAUUGCGAUUACACCGUA